CCCUUCGAGAGAGCGAGAACCGAGCUUUCUUCUUUCGCGCCCCUUCACCGGAGAGGAAGGAGAGAGAGAGAGAGAGAGAGAUGGAGCCGGUGAUGUUCGCGGAGGCGGCGAAGGACCCAACGGCGGCGGUGAAGGACCCAACGGCGGCGGCGGUGGCGCCGGGCAAGAAGAACCGCAUCCAGGUCUCCACCAACAAGAAGCCGCUCUACUUCUAUGUCAAUCUCGCCAAGAGGUACAUGCAGCAGCACAAUGAGAUCGAGCUCUCUGCGCUGGGAAUGGCUAUUGGCACUGUUGUUACUGUUGCUGAGAUACUGAAGAACAAUGGCCUGGCUACUGAGAAGAAGAUUCUGACAUCAACAGUUGGUACCAAAGAUGAGACCAAGGGCCGCCUUGUUCGGAAAGCCAAGAUUGAGAUACUGCUGGGGAAGACAGAGAACUCCAAUGAUGCUGUGACUGCUGCCAAUGUUGAUGACAACAAGGCUGCCAAUGUUGAUGACACCAAGGCUGCCAAUGAAGAUACUAAGGAAGAAAGUGUGGAAGAAACUAAGAAAGAAUCCAAGGAAGAAACCCAGUAAUGAUCAGGAAGCCGCAUCUCACCAUUUGUCCAUUCAUUCAUUCUUCUGUGUGCAGUGUCCGUAUCAGAUAUAGGGAUCUUUCCAGUCAGUGCUUCUGUCAUGGAUACUGAUAGCAUAGCAUACUGCAUUGCUUUUCAUUUCUUUUCAGUUUACUCUUUUCUAGCUGCUUGUGAUCAUGAGAUUCUGCUUCAGAUGUCUGUAUUUUUGAUGUUUAACUGAAACUCAUACUUUCUGAGAAUUGUAUCUGAUUUUACCCUCAAGACGAUUGGUGCUGACUGAUGGUUCCUGUAGAAAA